GAUGAUAAUUAAGUAAUGGUUCUCUGGAAAAAAUAAACUAAUAGACAAUGUAAGAGAAUGUCAUAGAGAAUCAUGAAGUCCUUAGUAGCUGUUGUCCUGUUUCUCUCUGUGUUUAGCCUGGUCUCAGGUAACUCUAUUACAUCUACCAGACUUCCAACUCCAACAGGUACAAUCACAACAUUGAAGGUUAUCACUACUUCAUCAAUAUCUUCUGGGAGUUCUUCAGAUGGUACAACCACAAUACCGAAGAUUAUCACCACUUCAUCAGUAUCUUCAGGGAGUUCUCCAGAUGGAAUCUUCACUACAGCUUCCCCAUCUGUAAGCAUCACUCUAACCCAAAACACAACGGAAGGAAACAAUCAAACAAAGUUUGAAGCUGAGACAUCAACAAAUCCGUACAGCAAUACAACUGCUGACAACAUAACGUCUCCAAGUACAAACAAAAUUAUUACAACACUCUCAAAGGCUUCCAAUACAUCUGAUGAAACAGAAAUAUCUUACGCUAGCACUUCAAAGACACCUUCUGCAGCAAUACAGCCUACAAAUGUCCAUCCAACGCUCCAACAGGCAACAAAAAAAACAGGAAUUCAACUGGAAGAAAAUGCUACUAAGAAGUCAUCUAUAAAUCCAAAAUCAAAUUCAAACACUCAGGAACAGGAAGAUGAAAAAAAACCGCAAACAUUAAAUCGCAAAGGGCUUUUGAUAGGAGUGGGAUGUGUUGUGGCUGUUAUUGUUUCUGUUGUCUUGGUAUUCCUCUGCAAAAUAUGCCGCAAAAAGCUCCGAGCUGCAGAGAAUACUGGCUCUAAAGUGUCACCCCAAAACAAGGAGAGUGUUAAACUACUUUCUGUGAAAACAUCACCUGCUGAUUCUGAUGUGAAAAGAAUGGCUUUACCUCAUCAACUGGACUAUAUUGAUGAAUGCUGAAGUACCAACCAAACCUACAAUUGUUAAACCUUGCAAGCUGAUCUUUUUUUUGCCAUGUAGAUCACUGUAUUAUGUGACUUAAAGGAAGGAAUGUGUGGGUAUUGAGGUGCCAUCUCUGUUUAAAUGAUUUCUGCAUUUUGGUUUUAACUAAGUUAUGUUUUUCAAAUAGUCUGUGAAGAACCUUGUCAGCUCACGUGACUUGAUUACUACAUAAGAGAGUUGGAUAGAUGAUUACUCAUAAUUAACAUAACAAUAAUCCUAGCACACACCAUAAGUAUUAACCUCACUUGUCUCAUUUGGCCACAUAGAACAUUUAAAACAAAUUGGAAUCAACUCAGCCAUCAACCCCAUAAUUCAACAAGUAUGCCCCAAAAAGCAGUAAGAUUGAUAUCUUUGUGUUUGACAAGAAUAAAGCACUUUUUGUCAAGACAUUCCAGGACUCUAUUUAGAGGGCAUCUUUUGGACAAUCACUCAAUUCUGAUACAUAUAUAGUAGAAGUAGCCUAUUGAAAGACACUACUUAAGACAUCCAAUAACAUUUGCUGCACAAAAAACGAAAAAAAUGCAGAAAGGAAUAUUCACUAAAAUGAGAAUAGAUGGAAAUUCAAAGUGAGUUUCAAAUUUAAGGCAAACAUAUCCAAACUGAUAACAGAAUAGACGUUAUAGACACAUUUUUAAAAUAAAAUCCAUUUUCACCAACAUUCUCCCAUCCCUUUUUUGUUUCGUAUCUCUACUCAAUGCAGUUUCCAUCAAGCAUAUAAUGGAAAUAAUAGGAAUUGUGAGCUUUUGCUGGCCCUUUCUGUUUUGAAUCUUGUACACUGUCUAAGCCUUUAUGUUCAUCUUGCUUAUAAAUGCCCCGUUUUGGAUAUACAUUCCCACCCUCCCCACCACAGCUAAGGUUCCAACCACCUUUCAUGGAAACAUACUAGCCAUGCUAAUUUGCAUAAUAAAUUAUAUAUGUAUGACUUCACAGGGAGUGACAUAAGAGAAAAAAUAAAAUGCAUUUAGAAAGGGAAAAUCCCUAAAUAAUUAUAAUAAUAAAAAAAAAAAACUACUCAAAAUGUGUUCAUCUUUUAAUAUGGAAGGUUGUACUACAGUUUGGGGACACUGGACUGAGGAGCCUGCCCUCCUGAGUGCUCACUCAAUGGGCCAAGUGACAAGUUGUCUGCAUCACAGAAGAAGUGCAUUCUAAAAUUGUUAUCAUUUGACUACUAGCUUAUCCAAAAGUACGAAAUUGAGGUCUCAUAUAGAACACCGAGUUGACAGAGUCCAUCCAGUAAAAAAACACCAGUGUUUGUAUUGCUGGUAUUUGAAAAUACCAGCAAUGGCCAAACAGCCUACAUUACCUUAAAUACCAACCAGGUGGAAACCCUACCUCUACACC